AAGAAAGUCAUGGUCCACCCUGAUCAAACCAUCAUGGAGAAAACGCUUGCGAAAUCUCGACAUCUUGUCAAACUUCGCGGAGUACUGUACGAGCCAAAAUGCGGUGAUCCGAUGUGCUUCCACGAGUGGUUCAAAAAUCGGGACCAUAACAGCAACCCCGUUAGAGAGCACAUUCAACUGUUCGACGACAUUUACCCCAUUGUGCGAGAAACCAUUGCUGCCAACCUAGCUGGAGCAGUUGAUCGGCAGAAGCUGCACAAUGCCUAUCGAGUUUACUGCCACCAAAUUUUCGCCAAAGUCACUACAGACGAAAGGGUCACAGGUACCGGCGCAGCUGUUUCUAUUAGAUGGAAAAAAUACUCUUAA